UGUCCACAAAUUUUUGUGUAUGCUAAUAGAUAAGUUGGUUAGGUCAUUUUUGUGAAAAAUAAAGUUAAACAAUUAGGCCUUACUUGUAACUUUUAUUGCUAGAUAUGUCUAGUUAAAUGUGGAUUAGGUAGGCUAGGCCUAAUGGUUAAGUAAUACCCUUUUCCAGAUUGUAGGUUUAAUCACACAUGGGCCUUGAUGUCAGGCCAUAUUAAAUUGUUUUUCACAAAUUUUCCGCAAGAUUUAUCACUUAAUAAGCCUUCCUCUGUCGUAAAACUGUCAUUUCAGUUUGCUCAUUUAGUUGUUCUUUGCAUUCUAUUCUACCAGGGUGAGAUCCUACAGCGAGACACACCAUGGAACCUGAGAUUUAGGCUAGGGGUUGCUAGUUACCCUAAUUAAUUUCUAGCAUACAAAAGGUAAUUUGGUUACGAAUAACCCAAAAAAAAUAAAUAAUAAAGACCUUAUGUUUGGCCUGAUAUAUAUCUCUAAAGUCAUGACUAUAUCACCAAAGUAAUAAAAGUAAUAAAACCUAAUUUAUGAUCAUCACCCACACAGUUAUUCUGUUAGCUAAAUACACAAGUCUGAAGUUUAAUUUAUUAAAUUCAAAUUUAUACAAACAUUACACUUACUCUAAUUUAAACCAGGUAUAAAUACCUGAACUGCAUCAGUUAUGGACUCUCAUAUGUAGAAAUAUUCUGUUUGAAACUACCCAGUUAACAUGUUAUCUGUUCAAACUUUGUUUCUCUUUUUAUCAGUUACAUCUAUCCAUGCAGCUUUUGAUGAUGUUACAUUGGUGGGGAAUAAAUACAAAGGGAUUGUUGUCGCAAUCAAUCCUUCUAUACCUGAAGAUCAAGACUUAAUUAAUAAUAUAAAAGCCUUAUUAAAUGAAGCUUCCCCAAUAUUAUGGUCAGCCACCAAGAACCGAGCUUACUUUGGUGAAGUAACCAUCCUUGUGCCUUCUACAUGGACAGGGAGUUAUACACAAGCAACACAUGGUCAAGUAUAUAAUAAGGCAGAUAUAAUAGUAGCUGACCCCAACCCACAAUACAUGGACACUCCAUACACAAUUCAAUAUCAACAAUGUGGAGACCCAGGAGAGUACAUUCAUUUGACACCAAAUUUCUUAAGUCAAGCCGGCUAUGAACAAAACUAUGGAAACAAAGGCAAGGCUCUUGUUCACGAAUGGGCUCACUUAAGAUGGGGUGUAUAUGAUGAAUAUGCAUCAGAGGGAUAUGCUCCUUUCUAUUAUAGCAACAGAGGAGGUGGUCAACCAUACAUGGAAGCUACAAGAUGCCCAUUGGCCCUUGGUGGAGUGACACGUUACCCCAACCCGGCUAAUGGUAACCAACUGGAGCACUGUACCUCAGAUCCAAACAACAAUUUCCUCCCAUUAGAGGGUUGCUUGUUCUUCCCAUUUAGUGAACUCGGCCAACCAGAUGACUUAAGUGCUUCUCUCCUGUCGCAUCAGUUUGUAGACCAGGUCGUUGAUUUCUGCCACAAUGAUACAAAUGACCCAACCAACUUGCACAACAAGGAGGCACCGAAUGAACACAACAGACUUUGUGACCAAAGAAGUGUAUGGGAAAUCAUGAUGGCAUCCAGGGAUUUCAAUGCUGUCAAUCAUCCAAAUCCAACAUUGGAAAAUAUUCUUCCAACAAUUAAUGUUCGACAACAACCAACAAACAGAUAUGUUUUGGUGUUGGAUACUUCUGGAAGCAUGUCUGGGUCCAAUUAUGAAUACAUGAUGCAAGCAGCUACUGAUUUCAUUAUGACAUACAUCCCUAAAGGAGCUGAAGCAGGAAUUGUAGAGUUCUCUUAUACUGCUACCACCCUCUCACAAUUGGUAUCAAUAGAAAAUAAGGCUGAUCGAGAAUAUUUGGCAUCUAGAUUGCCUGGUCAACCUGAUGGAAGCACGUGCAUAGGCUGUGGUAUAUUGAAUGGCAUAGAGGUUCUUUCUAAUCAAGGUAGAGAUCCAGCAGGAGGCCAACUCAUUGUGUUAACUGAUGGAGAAGAGAAUUACUCACCUUAUGUAAAUGAUGUUCGUGAUAAUGCUAUAGAAGCGCAUGUUGUUGUCGAUUCUAUCUUUUUCGGAGCAUCUGGUAAUGGAGCAUUGCAACAACUUACAGAAGACACCAAAGGCACUAUGUAUUAUAAUGAUGUGACUGAUAUAACUGGAUUGAAAGAAACUUUUAAACAACUUGCUGAAUCUUCAGAUGGAAAUCUCUAUACAAACACAUACCAGGUUUACGGCAACACAUAUUCAUUAAACCGUCACGAUGAUGCUCAUGGAAGAUUCAGUAUUGAUUCCACCAUUGGCAAAAACACUGUGUUCUCAUUCUCAUGGUCCAGCAUUGACGUGCCACCCUCCUUCCAACUGACAAGUCCAGACGGGGAAAUUUAUUGCAGUGAGCCAGGAUCAACAUGCUAUGAUACAUCAGUGAUAACAACAGAUACAAACCUCAUGACAACAACUUUCAAAUUUUUAACUGCCACGGCAGGGAAAUGGCGCUACAGCAUUGAGACAUCUUCACAUUCCCAAACAGUGAGCGUUAUGGUAACUUCAAUGGCAUCAAGUGAAGAUACAGAACCAAUAAUAGCUGAGUCAGGAAUUUCAAGCACAGAUAUUUCUGCUGGUGGACAAGCUCUUGUUGUUUAUGCUAAGGUAAUGCAAGGAUAUGAACCUAUAAUAGGAGCCACUGUAGAUGCCAGAAUCACUUCAACUGAAGGCAGAGUUAAAACUUUAAGAUUGGAAGAUACUGGAUCUGCACCAGAUGUAAGAGCUUUGGAUGGAAUUUAUUCCAAGUAUUUUACCAAAUUCACUGAUGCUGGGCGCUACUCAGUUCAGAUUACAGUAACCGGGGAAGGUGACGGAAGAACGGUUCUGAGCAGGAAAAGAAAACGUUCAGCUGCUGCGUAUAACCCUGGAUAUGCCCAACCUGAUGGCACAGUGGUACCGAAUCCUAACGGACUCACCGAUCCAAACCUACAUAAAUCUGAAGGAACAAAUGUGAACGAAAUUGAAGCAUUUUCACGAGUUGUAUCGCCAGGAGGUUUCUCAUACAACCCUCCACCUGGUUCAAAUUUUGAUCAUUUCCCACCAAGUAAAGUCAUUGAUCUGAAAGCAACCCAACUUGAUGCUUUGCAACCAAAUAAAGGAAUCGUUUUGACUUUCACAGCUCCUGGUGAUGAUUAUGACUCUGGCAGAGCAAGCAAAUAUGAAAUCCGAUAUCUUUAUGAAAGUGCGAGUGAUCUGGUAACAUCUUUUCAAUCUGGAUAUGAAGUCAAAACUAUUGAUGUAAUUGAGGGAGAUUUAACAAAUCCUGGUGCUGCUGAUUCUAUUGAAGGUUUUGUCAUUAAUAUACAAAAUAUUCCAAAUGAAGACAUGGUUAUAGUUGGGUUUGCAAUGCGAGCAACCGACACAUCUGGCAACACUGCUGAUGUUUCUAACGUAGCAAUGAUGAAUCUCUUUCUUGCCCCCCCACCACAAUCUUGUCUGGACAAAUAUGGAAAACCAAUCAGUGGGGAACCAUUUGAAAAACCUGGAGACUGUCUACACUUUUACCAGUGCAGCAACGGUAAGCUUGUGGUGUUAGAAUGUCAGUCUGGAACCGUGUUCAAUCCAAAUCUAUCUGUGUGUGAUUUCCCUGAGCACGUUCCUGAAUGUUCAAACGUCGUGUUUCCUUCUUCAACAGUGAGCCAGACUCCCCAACCUGGCCAAACAACAACAGCAACCGAAAAUGUAGCUCCACUGCAACCAUCAUCUGCAUCGUGUAAAGACAGCAAGGGGCAAUCCUUGACAGAAAUAGCAUUUGCGGAUCCUGACGACUGCUCACUAUUCUACCACUGUAGCAAUGGAAUCCUCUACACGAUGUCUUGCCCAUCUGGUCUCGUGUUCAACCCAACAAUGGGUUACUGCGACUGGCCGUAUAAUGUUCCUGGAUGUUAAAUCAAUUUUAUUGUGCAGAUUCACUAAUUAUUACUUCUUUAAUCGGUGGAAAAUAUAUAAUAAAAAAAUUAAAUUAAAAUA